UUGUUCGGUGUUCGACUGCUCUUGUCUGUCAUGAUGGCGGCGGUGAUGGUGACCUCUCCUCUGCGCGCGUGUCGAGGGAUAUUAAAGGAGAUCCGCUUCAGUAAAGGUCCCGAUUACAAACACACUCUGAUUUAUAAACACGUGUUGGAGCAGUUCAAGAAGAACCAGGUGACAGGUGCGCAGUACUGUCGUGCUCAUCAGGACGCUCUUCACGCCGCUCACAUGUAUCAGAGUCUGCUGGCGUCAACACGUCUUCACCUGCAGCUGCACGAGCUGUAUCACAAGCGUGGUGAGCGCCAAACGAACGAGGUGGCCAAAAUGGUGGGGCUCCGACUCCCGACACAACCUGGCGGCAAAGGCUGGGAGACAUGAAGACAAUGAGUGUGUGUGUGUGUGUGUGUGUGUGUGUGUUUAACUCUCUUGAUCUCUGUUAUAAGUAUCAGUGUGUGGAAAUAAUUAAAUAAAACCUGCUCUGAAGACA